AUGGUAAUUAAUAACAACCAGAAAGAAGUGAGCUCAAAGAGGGGAGAGACCUAGACUCCCCUGUUGACCACUGUGUCUCCCAAUACCCAGCACUCCCUCUUACACAUACAGAGCUGCUUCGUGGCCUGGGUGAAACAGUGUGAUGAGACAGGAGGGCCGUUACUUCAUCCACAGGGAUCUCAUCACGGCUCUACAACCUCAAGGAGGGGAAGCUUUGGAACAUCAGAGAGAAUGCCUUUGGAAAAACCAUCAGCCUCCCCAGGAAGUGCCCUACCAACAGAGGCAACAGUGAGAGUCUUCAGGCCCCUCAAGGACAGUGGAAAUUGA